AUGACUCUGAACCAUGUCACCAUGCGCCAGGGCACGGCGGGCGUGCAGCCGCAGCAGCAGCGCUGGAGCAUCCCCGCCGAUGGCAGGCAUCUCAUGGUCCAGAAGGAGCCCCAGCAGUAUGGCCAGCGCAGCCGUCCCCCUGCCGCCCCCGAGGACCCCUGCCGCCGGAGCUGGUCCUCCGACUCCACGGACUCAGUCAUCUCCUCCGAGUCCGGGAACACCUACUACCGGGUGGUUCUCAUCGGGGAGCAGGGGGUGGGCAAGUCCACUCUGGCCAACAUCUUUGCGGGUGUCCAUGACAGCAUGGACAGCGACUGCGAAGUGCUUGGAGAAGAUACCUAUGAACGAACACUGAUGGUUGAUGGGGAAAUUGCAACAAUUAUCCUCCUGGACAUGUGGGAGAACAAGGGGGAGAGUGAGUGGCUGCAGGACCACUGCAUGCAGGUGGGGGAUGCCUACCUGAUCGUCUACUCCAUCACGGACCGAGCCAGCUUCGAGAAGGCAUCCGAGCUGCGGAUUCAGCUCCGCAGGGCCCGGCAGACCGAGGACAUCCCGAUAAUCCUGGUUGGCAACAAAAGUGACCUGGUGCGGUGCCGGGAAGUGUCUGUAUCAGAAGGGAGAGCGUGUGCCGUGGUGUUCGACUGCAAGUUCAUCGAGACCUCUGCGGCCGUCCAGCACAACGUCAGGGAGCUGUUUGAGGGCAUCGUGCGGCAGGUCCGCCUCCGGCGGGACAGCAAGGAGAAGAACGAGCGGCGGCUGGCCUACCAGAAGCGGCGGGAGAGCAUCCCCAGGAAAGCCAGGCGCUUCUGGGGCAAGAUCGUGGCCAAAAACAACAAGAACAUGGCCUUCAAGCUCAAGUCCAAAUCCUGCCACGACCUCUCGGUGCUCUAG